AUGCUUAGAAGCGUUAUCAAGCAGACGUCGUCAUGGCGAGAAAUACAAACACAACGCCUUAAUAUCAGCAAGAUUAGCGUUAUCGUGACAACAUAUUAUGACCAGGAUUUAGUACCCAUCAUCGACCAUUCGAACAGUGUCCUCCCGCCAACAUGUGGUUGCGUUGCCGGCUGCAAAGAGGGCGGAAGAACUGAGUCACCUCGACAGCAUUUAUCAUCACGUUGGUCGACUGGCAAGUCGUAA